AUGCCGGCCCCGUAUUCUGAUAACCUGUACUCCGUCGACGACUCCGACUUUGAUGAAGUCCCGGACGACGACCUCGACGCCCACCUCUCGCCAACAGACGGCUACUUCCAAAGUAGCACUUCAUCGUCAGCCGGGGGAAUAUACCCUCCGCAGCAGCAACAUUCUGAUUUCCACAACGAGCACGACGUUACAGACGCGACGACGUUCCCCACGUCUGCCGCCGUACCGCAUGUGCCCAACGUCCUCGUCCAAGACCCGUCGCUGCAGCAGCAAGAGGGCUCCUCGUCGACAAACAAGGACCGUGAAGCCAGGGAAGAGACAAAGUUGAACACGUCCUCCUUCGACCACGCCGCCGCUGCCGCCGCCGCACGUCACUACUCCCCACCGCCUAGGAGGACGUCGUCAUCCGUCUCGGCUGUUGACGGCUUCUACGACGACGGGGCAUCCUCUACCGCCGCCGACAGCCAGUUGACGCCGUCGCACACGACGUACACCUCCCACGCCGUCCAGAGCUCGUCGUCUUAUACGCCCUACUCGCCCUCCACCGAUGCUCCCCUGCGCACGCCCCAGACUCAUUCGAGAAGGGCCCUCUACUCGAACAAUUCGGUAUCUCUGUUUCGCAUCCCCAGCGAGGCACCACCCGCAUACACGCCAUCGCCCACGUCCCCGCUCUCGUCAUCACCCACAGAGUUUAGAAACUACCAGACCUUCAACACCAGGACGACGAACAUGGGGGCACCCGAAGAAGAGAGGCGCCUGCUCGGCCGCGACCCUGAGAGCAUGGGCGACACGCCCUACCAUGAUGAUGAUGACGACGACCCGAGACCCUCGCCGUCGUGGAGGGAUAGAGCCCUCAAAAAGUUCCCCUGGGCCUCGAGGCGGACGUUGAAGAUGGCGCUGCUUGCUGCCUUGGUCUUCUUCACCCUGUCGGGAUUCCUCAGCAUGCUGGCCACUACUGUAAUUCAUUCGCCAUCUGACAAGUCUCCUGCCAAGGAGCCUCACCAGGAGUUUGACCCCGUCACCGGCCAGCCCAUCAAGGACGACUCCCCCGUGCCAAGUAAACCCUCCAAACCCGCUGAGCCAGGCCAUCCCAGCGACCCCCCUAAUGCCGUCCCUUGGCAUCCAUCAAACACAUGCUUCCAGGCCGAGCACCGCUUCGAGCCCAAGUUCUUCGACGUAACCUUUACCCCGAACAGGGACCUAGGCGUCAUCCAGGCCGUCGAGACCGACUCUCCCUCGCGCGGCUUCCAGCCCCAGAUUUCGGGUGACUUUGUCGUCCGCCGCCAGCAGGCCGGCACCCGGGGUCCAUCGGUCCAGGUCGAGGUCGUCUCCAACGACCCGGCCCUCGACGUCUCCCUCGAGUGGAAUUCGGAACAGCACCUCCUCAUCCGGACUCCGCAGCGCAUCGAGUGGUCCCAGUCACGCCGGCCCUGCAUGGCCGUCCGCGCGACCGUCUGGGUCCCCGAGAACGCGGAGCUGUCGCACCUCUACCUCGCCGCUGUAAACCUCAACGUCCGCGUCCUCGACGACCUCUCCAUCAACCUCGAAAACGGUCUGGAAAUCGGCACAGUGUCCGGCGACAUCCACUCGCCCGUCGAACCCCGGCCCGCAUACCACCUCAACUCGCGCGACAUUGUCAUAAAGACCAUCUCGGGCGACAUCACCGGCUCCUGGCCCCUCUACGACUCCCUCAAGAUCAAUUCGCAAUCAGGCGACAUCACCACCGACGUCGCGCCCCAACAGGCCCUCGACAGCAAACCCCGCCCCGCCGUCCUCCAAGUCGCCACCGUCUCGGGCGACAUCACCGUCAAGGAACCCGUCGCCGCGGCUGCCAAGAGCAGCAAGCCCGACACGGUCAUCCCGCCGCGCGACUACAUCACCACCCUCGACACCAAAUCCGGCGACAUCCGCGCCUGGGUGGCCUUCUCGUCCGCCGCCGCCGCCGAGAGCUUGAGCGGCGACAUCGCCGCCGAGUUCCUCCCCGUCUACAACGUCAGCCUCCUCCAGUCCGUGCGGGAGCCCGAGCUGCACACAAAGACAAAGAGCGGCAACACCGCCGUCAAGGUUCUCGAGCCCAUCUGGGUGGAGAUUGCCGCCACCGAGGGCGCCUGGGAGGACGAGAAGCCGCGCGCGAACCCGGAUGAGCCCGUGGACAUACCGACCAACCCGCUGCCGAUUCCCGACAAGAUCCCGCGCAUGCCGGGCAUGCCCUUUAUGCCCAUUGAUGCCACGCCGUGGAAGCGCAUCCCGCUGCCCAGCCGUCACUGGGCCGACGCCUGGCCCGUCGUGCGUCGUCGUCCUCACCCCUCGGCCGACGAUGCCGCGCGGACGGUCCAGGAGCACGGCGUCCACGGCGUCGCCGCCGUCGCCGCCGUCUUGACAAAGGACCAGCCGCCGAUGCGCCACCUCAAGUCGUCCCACGCUGCUGUGAGCGGGACCAUGGAGCUCAAGUACCCCGCCUCGUGGGAGGGCAGCGUCCAGGCCGAGACCGUCAGCGGCAAGAUUGAUAUUCGCGGGCGGAACGUCAAGAUUGACAGCCGGACAAAGUGGCCCAAUGCCGUCCAUGCGCACAAAGGCCAGUCGUGGAACUGCGAAAUUUCGUUGGGGAGCGUUUCUGGUGAUGAGGUCCUCCUUAUUGGGGAGGAGCACUGA